UUCAAUCGUGUCGCGCGAGCUGCCACCACGACCACCACUCGAUUCCCGUCGUGACUCUCGCGAAGACGUGUGUUGUAUCCGCACCUUACGUACGCUCAAGUAUGGCUCGUCACUUUGCUCUCCUCGCUGCUUUCUGCUGCCUGAAUUAUGUUACCGCGCAACAAAAUGCCGUGGUGAACGUGGACAUCUACUACGAAUCGCUCUGCCCGGACAGUAUCUACUUCAUCACCAAGGAGCUUGCUCCGGUUUACGAUGAGUUGAAAAGUUUCAUGAGAGUCAACCUCGUCCCCUUCGGCAAAGCUUCGUGGGUACUCGGUGACAGACGACGACCAACAGAAUUUCAAUGCCAGCAUGGACCAAGCGAGUGCUAUGGCAACAAAGCUCAGGCGUGUGCUCUUUACGCGAUUCAGCAAUCGACUACUGGCGAACAGCAGCAACACCAAAGUGUCAAAGUCGUCAAUUGCAUCAUGAGCAGCAGAUAUCCCGCUCGCGCUACAGCUCAGUGCGCGCAGGAUAAUGGAUUGAGCCAGCAGUCGUUAGACGUUCUCAAAAACUGUAUGAGGGGCGAUCUCGGCGAUCAGCUUCUGAUCAAUAUGGGCGAGCGGACCAAAGCUUUCGAAUCGCGAAUCAGCUUUGUACCCAGCAUCGCUAUCAAUGGAGUGAAGAAUCCGUCGGCAUUCAGGAAUUUCGCCCGCGUGGUGUGCAACGAGAUCCCGCAGGAUCAACGGCCAGAAGUCUGCAGGCACGUCUAGGUGCGCGCAGGCGCAUGAAUCUCAAAUCGACUACGCACCCGUGUAGCCGAGUUAUUUACAAAUGUACAAAACACACGUCUUUGCUUCUUCCAUUCUAACAGAAAAAUACCGCUUGGUUCCAUUAAAGUCUUGUGUUCUUACAAUGAUGCUUUUGUUCUACUUCUCCGGUCGUCGGGUUGGAGCGAACCAAGGACAACAACAACACGCUCCGUACGAAAAGACGCCUUUGAAUCAUCGAUUAAUGCAUCGGACUG